AUGAAUUUCUUGCGUAACCGAAGGACUUCUGAUUCAGAUGAUGAUAAUGAUGAUCUCAAUGAUAACAAUGUAUCCAACAUACAUAAGUCCCGUAAACCGCCAAAUACUGCAUUUAGACAACAAAGACUUAAAGCCUGGCAACCAUUGCUUACUCCAAAAUCAGUUAUUCCCUUCUUAAUAAUACUAGCAGUUAUAUUUGCACCAUUAGGUAUUGCGAUUAUUAACACUGUGUAUAACGUCGAGGUGUUGUCUCUUGAUUAUAGUCAUUGCGGAUCGCUACAUUCUGAUGAUUUCAAGUCAGUUCCAGGAAAGUAUACUUCCCAUCACUUCAAGAAGAAGAACAAUAAUCCCGAGUUCCAAUGGAAGGUAGUUAAUUCUACUGAUGAAUUUGAUGAUUUGAAGCAAACUUGUCACAUUCGCUUUGAGUUGCCUAAGGAUAUAAAACCACCUAUCUACUUAUAUUACAAGUUGACCAAUUUUUAUCAAAAUCAUCGUAAAUACGUGGAAUCCUACGACUUAGAGCAAUUAAAAGGAAUUGCUGUUACCAAAGGUGAUUUAUCAGACGGUUGUAAGCCGUUAAGAUUCAUAGAUGAUAAGAUUGUUUAUCCAUGUGGAUUAAUUUCAAACUCCUAUUUCAACGAUACGUUUUCGAGUCCUGUGCUUUUAAAUGCCAAAAGCGGAAGCAACAAUGAGACAUACAAGUUAUCAGAUGAGGAUAUUUCCUGGUCAUCGGACCGUAAUAGUAAAUACAAGAAGACAAAGUACGACCCAGAAGAUAUCGUACCACCUCCAAAUUGGUAUAAAAUGUAUCCAGAUGGCUACACAAAAGAUAAUUUACCAGAUUUAGCUACCUGGGAACAUCUUCAAAAUUGGAUGAGAACUGCUGGAUUAGCAACCUUCUAUAAAUUAUAUGGAAAGAAUGAGACUGAAACAAUGACAUCUGGUACCUAUGAAAUUUCAAUUGAAAUGAAUUAUCCAGUAUCUAUAUUCGGUGGCACCAAAACCAUGGUUAUAACUACAAAUUCUGUAUUUGGCGGCCGUAAUAUGAGUUUGGGUGUGAUUUAUAUUAUCGUUGCAGUCAUAUGCUUAGUAUUGGGUAUUGCAUUUUUGUUACAACAUUUAAUCAAACCAAGAAGAAUUGGUGAUCACAAUUUCUUGCAAAAUAAUUCUGGAGCUCCUAGGGAUGGUCCAAGGUUAGGCAACACGACUAAUUUCAGAGAGCAGCUAUAA